GGUUGGACUCCGCCCAACUACUUUGCAGAGCUGGCAUGGCAGUGUGAGAGAACAGAGAAGAAGCUCAGAUUAUUGUUGAUAGACAGUGAAAAAAUGGCCCCUAAAGGUUCAAAGAGUGAAAAGGAAAAGGAAAUCAACAAGCAGUUUAUCCUUGCUCACUUGGAUGAGAAGGAGAUUGACUUGAGCAUGUGCAAUCUCUCCCAGGUCCCUGUCAAUGAGCUGGCAAUGGUUACUCGAGGCUCUCGAUUAGAUCUUUCUAGGAAUCUCUUCACCACUUUGCCGGAUAGUUUUGGUACCCUGAGACAUCUGAUUGAGCUAGACCUGAGCUCAAACCAGCUGAAACUGCUCCCAGACACAAUAUCACACCUUGUUGUACUCCAGAAACUUGAUCUCUAUAGCAACAAACUGUCCACUCUCCCACUGACCUUCUGGAAAUUAAAAAAACUCAAAUGGUUGGACCUGAGGAGCAAUUGCUUGGAGGGUGGAUUGUCUGAGGUGGCUGGCCCCUGUGUGUCUCAGGCAGAGUGUAAGCAGUGUGCUAGCAAGGUUCUCGUUUUUGUGAAACAGAGGUCAGCUGAACAUGAGAGGAAAAGACAGCUGGAGCUUCUUCAGAAAAGAGAGGAAGAGCAAAUGGCUGCUGAAAAGGAGAAAAUGAGGCAAGAAGAGGCACGAAAGGCUAAGGCUGAGCUGCGCCAGAGAAGGAGGGAAGAGUAUGCCAAAUCGAAGCAGGAGAGGGCCAGACAGGAAGUGCAAAAUGAUCAAGAGGAGGCUGCGCUUGUAAAGAAUGAGGCAAACGUAGGGAAGCAAGUCAAAUUCAAUAAUUCAGAAACAAGGCAUUGUUCAUAUGUUCGUCUGAUGUUGGUUGGUGUUGUACUAUUCUUGCUCCUGCUGUUAGUGGGCUCUUACGUAUAUUGUGACCACUUGAAGAGCCCCACCCAAGUGUGCUCUUAUUGGAGAGAAAACAUUAGCGGAGCGAGCCUCAAAAAUAAGUGGACUGAACAGUUAAUGCAAUUCAUUGGCCUCUCUUGAAUUAUAUAAUUAUACAUGCAAAAUCAGUCAUUUUUUGUUUUUUUUAUAAGAAGUGAAGAUUGAGUUAAGAAUAUGCACAUCUCA